GAGUGCGCGCAGGGCAGUGCGUUGGGCGUGGCGGGCGGGUGUGGCCAGGGGUGUGGGUCUGUGAGACGGACCGGCCGGGAGGGCGUCGCGUGGCCUCGGGUGACAUGCGGGGUGCAGCGAGCUCGGGUGUCCGCAAGCCGACGCCGCUCCCGGGCAGAGGCGCCCACCGCACAAAGCCCCGGGCGGGCCGAGGCCCGACUACAGGGACUCCGGCUGCCUUGGCCCUCCCUGCCAGGGGAAGGCCGCGCUCCAGGAAUGACCUCGCAUCGAAAGGCCGGCGAGGAGCGGCCACCACGGGGCCUGGGCACAGAGCUCUGCCUUCCAGGGACACUGCUCUUCCCCAGGAGAGAAACCAGAAGCUGGAGACUGCGGGGACAGGAAUUGAACCUAAAGCCAUGUCCCAGGGCUUGGUGACAUUUGGGGAUGUGGCCAUAGAUUUCUCCCAAGAGGAGUGGGAGUGGCUGAGUCCCAUUCAGAGGAACCUGUACAGGAAAGUGAUGUUGGAGAACUACAGGAACCUGGCAUCGCUGGGACUUUGUGUUUCUAAGCCCGAUGUGAUCUCCUUGUUGGAACAAGGAAAAGAGCCUUGGACAGUGAAGAGAAGGAUGACAAGAGCCGGGUGCCCAGACUUGAAGGCUGUAUGGAAGAUCAAGGAGUUAUCUCUCAAGAGGGACUUCUGUGAAGGAAAGCUAUCCCAGGCAAUGAUAAGAGAGAGGCUCACAAGCUAUAGUCUGGAAUACUCUCUAUUAGGGGAGCUCUGGGAUUGUGAUGCUCUGUUUGAGACACAGCCGGGGUUGGUGACUAUGAAACAUCUGGCUAUUGACUUCCCCCAGCAGUUACACCCAGCUCAGAAGAAUUUCUGUAAGAAUGGGUUAUGGGAGAACUAUAGUGACGUGGGAUCAGCAGGACAUUGCAUGGCUAAGCCAGAUUUAGUCUCUUUACUAGAGCAAGAGAAGGAGCCCUGGAUGGUGAAACGAGAGCUGACAGGAAGCCUGUUCUCAGGCCAGCAAUCUGUAUGUGAGACCCAGGAGUUAUUUCCAAAGCAAGAUUCAUUUGCUGAAGGGGUAACAGAUAGAACCUCAAACACUAAACUUGAGUGUUCCAGUUUCAGAGAAAAUUGGGAUCCUGACUGUGUCUUUGGAAGGAAACUGGCAGUAGGUCAAGAGACACGAUUCAGGCAAGAGCCAAUUACUCAUAACAAAACCCUCUCUAAGGAAAGAGAACAUACAUAUAACAAAUCUGGAAGAUGGUGCUAUUUGGAUGAUUCAGAAGGGAAAGUUCAUAAUUGUGAUUCAAUUAAACAUUUUCAAAAAAGUUCAGUGGUAAUAAAACAAACAGGCAUCUAUGCAGGAAAAAAGCUUUUCAAGUGUAAUGAGUGUAAGAAAACUUUUACCCAGAGCUCAUCUCUUACUGUUCAUCAGAGAAUUCACACUGGAGAGAAACCUUAUAAAUGUAAUGAAUGUGGGAAAGCCUUUAGUGAUGGCUCAUCCUUUGCGCGACACCAGAGAUGUCACACUGGCAAGAAGCCCUAUGAGUGUAUUGAGUGUGGGAAAGCUUUCAUACAGAACACAUCCCUUAUCCGUCACUGGAGAUACUAUCACACUGGGGAGAAACCCUUUGAUUGCAUUGAUUGUGGGAAAGCCUUCAGUGACCACAUAGGGCUUAAUCAACAUAGGAGAAUUCAUACUGGAGAGAAACCUUACAAAUGUGAUGUAUGUCACAAAUCCUUCAGGUAUGGCUCCUCCCUUACUGUACAUCAAAGGAUUCAUACCGGAGAAAAACCAUAUGAAUGUGAUGUUUGCAGAAAAGCCUUCAGCCAUCAUGCAUCACUCACUCAGCAUCAAAGAGUACAUUCUGGAGAAAAGCCUUUUAAGUGUAAAGAGUGUGGAAAAGCUUUUAGGCAGAAUAUACACCUUGCCAGUCAUUUAAGGAUUCAUACUGGGGAGAAACCUUUUGAAUGUGGGGAGUGUGGAAAAUCCUUCAGCAUCAGUUCUCAGCUUGCCACUCAUCAGAGAAUCCAUACUGGAGAAAAGCCCUAUGAAUGUAAGGUUUGUAGUAAAGCAUUUACCCAGAAGGCUCACCUUGCACAGCAUCAGAAAACCCAUACAGGAGAGAAACCAUAUGAGUGCAAGGAAUGUGGUAAAGCCUUCAGCCAGACCACACACCUCAUUCAACACCAGAGAGUUCACACUGGUGAGAAACCCUAUAAAUGUAUGGAAUGUGGGAAGGCCUUUGGUGAUAACUCAUCCUGUACUCAACAUCAGAGACUGCACACUGGCCAAAGACCUUAUGAAUGUAUUGAGUGUGGAAAGGCGUUCAAGACAAAAUCCUCCCUUAUUUGUCAUCGCCGAAGUCAUACUGGAGAAAAACCUUAUGAAUGUAGCGCAUGUGGCAAAGCCUUUAGUCAUCGUCAAUCCCUUAGUGUACAUCAGAGAAUUCAUUCUGGAAAGAAACCGUAUGAAUGUAAGGAAUGUAGGAAAACCUUCAUCCAAAUUGGACACCUUAAUCAGCAUAAGAGAGUUCAUACUGGAGAGAGAUCUUAUAAUUAUAAGAAAAGCAGAAAAGUCUUCAGGCAAACUGCACACUUAGUUCAUCAUCAGCGAAUUCAUACUGGAGAGUCGUCAACAUGCCCCUCUUUACCUUCCACGUCAAAUCCUGUGGAUUUGUUUCCUAAAUUUCUCUGGAAUCCAUCCUCCCUCCCAUCACCAUAGCCUCAAGAUGCCAUUUCCAUUUGACUACUCCAACAGUUUAAAACCCCAUCUCCCUGCCCUUUUGUUUUCUUUUGUCCCUUAUUAGUUUGUUCUUCACAUAAGUGUAAAUGUAACUUAUUCACUCCUCUUUAAAACUUAUAAUUCUUUUAAAUUGGUUAAUGCAUAAGAUGUGCUCGGAACAGUGCCUGGUCCAUAUUAAGUGCUCAGUAAACUUAGCUCUUUUUAAAACUUUGUAUUUGAACAUUGAAAAGGUACAGUAGUCAGCUCAGAAAAAAUCAUACAGUAGGAUGAGGAUAGCAAACAGCACAUUUUAGAUCAGGAACAGCAUUCCCCAGGUAGUGGGUGAGGUUCUGCCUAUGUUGGUUUAAAACUUGAUUCUAUAAUGCUGAGUUAGUAUUGUGGCUUUCCAUCUGACUUUAUGUGAAUGUAAGGUGAUAUGACCAUGUUGAUGAGAAAAUUCAACUUUACAUUGGACUUGAUUUGUUUUAGAAAGUCUAGGGAUCAUGAAUGAAUAGGUCACCUGGAACGAAUCAAUUUUAAAAAUUAGAAAAAUGCAAGAUUUAUAUGCAUAAAGUUAAAACAGCUGACAUGUUACUCAAGAAUUAGAAAACUUUGCAAGAUUUGACCUGUUUAAAAAUCACUUGAUUUAUAAAUGAAUGGUACUAAACUUUUAAGGAACCAUUGAUUGUCAGGUAAAGUGAUCCAGGGUAGGGUUCAGCAAACUGACUCAUGGCCACAGUCUCACUGACUGUUUUUGUAAGUCCAUGAUCUAGAAUUUUAAAAACUUUUAAAUGGUUAAAAAAAGUAAAUAAUAUUUUCAACAUGAAAAUUAUAUGAAAUUUAAAUUUUGGUGUCUGUAAAUAAAGUUUUGUUGGCUCCAGCAACACAUUGAUUUAUACCUUGUCUGUGCUGCUCCCAGGCUAUAGCAGCAGAGUUGAGCAGUUAUGACGGGAGACCAUGUGGCCUGCAGAGCCCAAAUAUCUACUGUCUGAUCCUACACAGGAAAUGUAUGUGAUCCUGCUAUGGAGCAGAGGUUAUCAAACUAAAGCUCAAGGGCCAAAUCCUGUCUACUGCUUGUUUUUGUAAACAGAGUUUUAUCAAACCAGAGCCAUGCUUAUUUGUUUAGCUAUUGACUAUGGCUGCUUUAGACAACUGUGUCAGACUAUGUGGCUCGCAACACUUCAAAUAUUUACUAUCCUUUUCAAGAAAGUUUGCCAACCUCUACUCUAAAGAAAAAUGUACAAAAGAUUCUAAUUUUAUGAGGGCAAUACAAUUCUCACAUCAAAAACAAGAAAACAAAUUAUAAAAGAACUCAUUUAUGAAUAGAGGUGAAAGGAGGACAUUAUAAAACUAUAUUGAAAAAUAAAGAUGUCAAUAAAAGAAAUGAUAUUUUUCCAGGUGAAAUAAUAUUGUUAAAAUGUUUAUAAAUUAUAAUUCAGUCCCAGUGAGAUAUAUUUAUUUUGACGGUAACAGGGAAGCAUAAUAAGGCAAGAAUAACAAGAUUUUUUUUUUAAAGAGAUGGAGGCCUCACUCUAUCACCUAGGCUGGAGAACUGUGCUAAGAUCAUAGCUCACUGUAACCUUAAAAUAUUUUUUUUGUAGAGACCGAGUCUCACUUUGUUGCCCAGGCUGGUUUUGAACUCCUUUCCUCAAGUGAUUCUCCUGCCUCAGCCUUCCCCCAAUUUUUUGAAAUAAAUUUCUUUGCAUAUGAGAUUUUGGUAUAUAAAAGCACUAUUAUUUCAAUAUCAGGGAAAUGAUGUUUUGACAAUUGGUUAUCCACCCUCUCCAAUAAAAAUCAUGAAAUAAUACGUUAGAGGCAAAUGUAGAAAAAAAGGAACCUUUCAUCAAGUAGGUCAUGUAGUCCUACAAGCCAUAAAGAAACAGAGAACAAGUUGGCCCGUGCAAAGAUCUAAAACUUCAGCAUGGUGAAAGGCACCAAAAAACAUGUAAAAGACAGUUGGAGGAAAAUGUAUGCAACUUAUAGAAAAUAACAGAAUGUUAUUACAUAUACAGAGCACUAGCGACAAUUGGCCAUGCAUACCAAUAGGCAAAUCACCCUGAAGAAUCCAAAUGAAUAAAGAAAUCUGUGAAAUUCUUAACCUCAUUAAUCAGAAGAAUAUGAAUGAAUCCACAUUUUCCUGGCUGUUAGGUGGAUGACAAUAUAAAAUUCUGAUAAUAUCCAGUAAUGGGUAUUAGUGUGGAAAAACAGGUACGUGAUCAUUAUUGCAGUGUAACUUUGUUCCUUAUCUCCUUGGAUGGCAUGACCUAUCAACAUUAUAAAUGUGCAUUUUUUUGAAACAGUAAUUCCAGAUCUAGGAAUUUUAUCCCAAUGAAAUAAAUUGGUAGAUAUAAAUAAUGUUUUCUUGUAGAAUUGUUUUAAUUAUGCCAAAUAGGAAUUCAGUGCCCUGCCAAGUAGAUUGAUUAUAGUCAUUCAAUACUGUGUUGUGCAGUUAGUAGAAAGCAGUUAAACUCUACAUGUACUCUGUGGAGUGGCAUCUACAACAUAUUUAAUGAAAUAUGUGAUUUAUAGAACCUUACAUGUAAAAUGAUCGAGUCACAGAGUCAGAAUUAAUAUUGAAUAUAUAUGUGUGUAUGUACACACUUACACAUGCACAGACUCAGUAUAUAUGUUGAACUCUGGUUUUGUGUUUAACACGCAGACUUUUCCUAGCAUUCUGUGGGUACUUUCUGUUUCUUCAUUCUGUAUUGUUCUGGUGAACUGCCAGUGACGCAUAGCUCCAGUGAAGCAAAUCAGAUUUUUUAUUAUCUGUAUUUUGAUUGGGGACACAGGGACAGGAACAUGGCCAAUACUCAGCUUUAUGAACCAGUAUGGCUGGAAUGGAUGUUUUCUUUUAGUUGGUAUUCAUUUUGAUUGACGGGACCUUUAUUGUACCUGUUGUGAAGAAUGUGGAAUAUGACUCCUAGGCUGGAAUUCGUUUGAAUUAAGUCAUCCUCUGGCAGCAACCUAAGGAUUCCUCCAUUUGUCACUGGGAUCCAUUGAGAUGAUUUCUGCUUUCUCACAUUCUGGUUUUGUUCAAUUAUUUGAAUCUGUGAACUACUUGGUAUUCUAAUAUUUUGAAUUUUAAGUUAGAAUCACGUUAUUUGGUUCUCAUGCAAAGAGAGCUAGCCAAUACAGAAUGAUUACCAGACUGUAGAGAAGCAGGGUAUUCAAGAUUGAUGUCGAGUGAGACAGAUGAAAGGACAGGUAAAUUACUAAUUCUGUUUUGUGCUGUGAAAGGGUAUUCAUGAUAUAGCAGGAUCUUAAGCCCAUUGUUCAUUAGGGGCUGGAUAGCUCCUACCAAAUGCAAAAGUAUUGAGGAAUAUUACCUCCAAAAGUGUGUACGAUACCUGUCUAUAAUGAAAUUGGGUAAUUAAAAUUUCAAGGCUACUUGAAA